AUGGAAUCGUGGUCUAAUUACGCUACAGAUCCAGCGAGCAAUCGUCAGUCACGGUACAACGCACUGCCACCGAACUCUGAUCCUUCCCCGCAGCACCCCCGGGAGUACGCCUCCCAACAGGUGCCGCAGCCACAAGGCCACACGCAACAGGGAUAUCAGGCGUAUCACGGCCAAGCGGGGACUGCCACAGCAGCAGGCUCGACGAAUCCACGUCCCGAGAAUCCCAACGAGUACAUGGACAUCCAGAUGCAGGACGCGGACUCGUAUGGUAGAGGGAAGUUUCAGCAGCAACAGCAACCACGGCAACCGUUUCUCAACGACGAACUCACGUCUCCGCAACAGACCCAGAGAUACUCCCCAAUGCCUCAACAAGGCCAAUACACCACCUCUGCAUCGUCGCAAUCCACCAAUCUUCCCCCGAUAUAUCCACACUCACAACACCGCCAGUCGCCGUCUCGACCUAAUUACACGAAUGCCUCACAAUCUUACUACAAUCAGAAUGCUUCCAGUAGCUCACCGCGUACGGGCGCACUGCCUCCUAUCCAAAACUAUCAGCAACAUUCAAUGCAACAUUCAGAUUCCAGCGGCGGUGGUAGCGGCGGGGGAGGAGGUGGGGGACGCUACUUUCCACAGUCGGCAGCGACGGCAUCACAGACAGCUCUCAUGUUUGAGACGUCUCCCCCUCAGCCCUCACCCCCAAGAGAUCCCGCGCCAAGAUUGCAGAGGGUUACUAAUAUGAGUGACCUGCAACCCCGAAUAAACACCCAACCCGCACACCGAAGAGCAAAUCCCGAGGGCGGGUUUAUCAGCCCCGUACAAGCCCUUACCACAUAUCUUCCCGCUACAUACCGCAUCUGUAACCCCCAGUUCAAAUACGAGUCGUCGCGGAACCCCCGGCGGGUCUUGACGAAGCCGAGCAAAGGUGUUAAGAACGAUGGUUAUGACAAUGAGGACAGUGACUACAUUCUCUAUGUGAAUGAUAUUCUGGGUUCGGAGGAGACCAAGAAUCGAUACCUGAUUUUGGACGUUCUCGGGCAAGGGACUUUCGGCCAAGUUGUCAAGUGUCAAAACAUGAAGACGCAAGAGGUGGUCGCAGUCAAGGUUGUGAAGAACAGGACUGCAUAUUUCAACCAGAGCAUGAUGGAGGUUUCAGUGCUGGAUCUGCUCAACAGCAAACUUGACAAGAACGACGACCAUCAUAUUCUGCGCCUGAAAGACACCUUCAUACACAAGCAGCAUCUUUGCCUUGUCUUCGAGCUGCUCAGUGUGAACCUGUACGAGCUCAUCAAGCAAAACCAGUUCCGGGGGUUGAGCACGACCCUUGUACGGGUGUUCGCCCAGCAGCUCCUGAAUGCGCUUUGCCUCUUGAACAAAGCUAGACUGAUUCAUUGCGAUCUGAAACCUGAGAAUAUCUUGCUGAAGAACUUGGAGAGUCCCAUCAUCAAGGUUAUCGACUUUGGUUCGGCAUGUGACGAACGGCAAACCGUUUACACAUACAUUCAGUCCCGAUUUUACAGAUCCCCAGAAGUACUACUCGGUCUCCCUUAUUCGUCGUCGAUUGAUAUGUGGUCACUCGGAUGCAUCGUCGUCGAGCUUUUCCUCGGACUACCUCUGUUCCCUGGCAGCUCCGAAUACAAUCAAGUCUCUCGGAUUACCGAUAUGCUGGGAGUACCACCGGUCUGGAUGAUUGAGAUGGGAAAGCAGGCUGGGGAUUUCUUCGAGAAGGUGACAGAUGAAUUCGGACGAAAGUCAUACAGGUUGAAGAGUAUGGAACAGUACUCCAAAGAACACAACACCAAGGAGCAGCCCGGAAAGAAGUACUUUCAGGCUACAACACUGCCAGAAAUUAUCCGGCAGUAUGCCAUGCCUCGGAAGAACAUGAAACCAAUCGAGAUUGAGAAAGAAAUGAACAACCGAGUGGCAUUCAUCGAUUUCGUGCGCGGCCUCCUAUGCAUCAGCCCGAUGGAGCGAUGGUCGCCACAGCAAGCUAAGAUGCACCCUUUCAUCACACAGCAGAAAUAUACCGGACCGUUCGUACCGCCCACGAACCUCAAGAACAGCUCGCCGCUCCAGAAGUCGCCCAUGUCCGCAAUGGAGCAGCAACAGCGAGCAGAGCAGGCGGCUCGGCAGAAGCAGCAACAGGCACAGGCGGCUCACGCCCAGGCUCAAGCUCAAGCCCAGGCUCAAGCACAACAAGCCCAGGCACAAGCCCAGGCCCAGGCACAAGCACAAGCACAAGCCCAGGUGCAGGCCCAAGCUACCUCUGGUUAUGGAUCCGUUGGCGGCUAUCACGCCCAAGCUCAAGCCCAACCUACCGGAUACAAUAGUGCCAACAUGUAUAAUCCGCCACAGCAACAGCAGCCUGCGCCACCAUCGUAUUCGACGGCAGGCAUGUACAACCAGCAGAAUGCACGAAACCGGCAGCGAUCCGCAACAAUGAUGGACGGUAUCCCUCCACAAAUCCAGAGAGCAGCUUCGAUGAUGGAUCCCAAUCAUCCCAUUCGACUCCAGCCUAGUCCUGCAUAUUUCCCUCCUCCUCCAGGAGGAGCUCCUGACGAUGGCGGAAACAACCGGCAACGGGGCCGCGGUGGUCCGUAUCGACGAGAUGUAAUAAGGAAUCUCGAGGAUCGCACUAUGGAGGAGGGCCUCUUCAAUAACCAACGGUGGAAAUAAUCAGGUGCAUAAUAUUCCGACGGUAGUGAGAUUUGUUACGAUAUUUGGUACUUUGUGCGGGGAAGUGACAUCGGCUGGUUCGACCGUGAUGAAUUCGGCUGAUUACUUGGUCCGGGAGCGUUUCUCCGAAGAUGAUGAGGCUUUGGACAAGAUCGGUCCAGUACGACACAGAUACCGGCAGCCCGGAGGCCUUACAGUGGAACGAUAUGAUGAUUGGGGGUAGUUCAGUGGGGUGGUCGGGUGGUGGGUGAGGGAAGUAAACACUGUCGAGGUGCUGUCCCAGAGGCAUCUCAUCUCCUUUAUCUAUCUUCACUGUCCGUGUUUUGAUGUUUUACUUUUUGCCUUUGCCGUAUAUCUGAUUCGAGUCUGUCUUUCUCUUUUUCCCUUCC